CUUAGAUCUUGUGCAGAAGUACUAAGCUAUUUAGAAUGGAAGGACAUUAUAUUUCAUUGAGCAUUAAUGUUUUAGCUUUAUUUCUUCUUACAUUGUAUGUCCCUCAGGCAGCAGGGCAAAGACAACCUCUUUAUUCAGCGUUGUACGUGUUUGGAGAUUCGACCAUAGAUCCUGGUAACAACAAUUUUCUAGCCACUGUUGUCAAAUCUGACUUCCCUCCCUACGGAAGAGAUUUCCCAAACGGUCGACCUACUGGCAGAUUUACAAAUGGAAGAUUAGUUACAGAUCAACUAUCUGAACUGAUAGGACUUCCAGAUUUGCUGCCUGCAUCUUUGGAUCCCGAAUUUCGAGGACAAAAGCUGCUUACUGGUGCAAGUUUUGGUUCAUCUGCUUCAGGAUAUGCAGAUAGUACUUCUAUUCCUUUGGAUGUGUUGCCACUGGAGAAACAAGUAGAGAAUUUCAGGCUCUAUAAAGCACGGCUUGCAAAACAAUUUGGGCAUGAAACUGCCAACAAGACUGUAUCUCAAGCAUUAUUUGCUAUAAGUGGAGGAACUGAUGACUUUGCCAAUAAUUAUUUCUUAAAUCAUAUAACCAGGAAAAAGUAUACCGUUGAACAGUUCCAAGAUCUGAUGCUAAAGUCUCUAACUGUAUUUAUAGAGAAUGUUUACAACGAGGGUGCUACUACAAUUGCCAUUGUUGGGCUUCCUCCUUUUGGUUGUUUGCCUUCUCAAAUUACUCUCCACAACAUUGUAGAAAAUACAUGCUUUGAGGAGUUUAAUGAGGUUGCGAGCUCCUUCAAUUCCAAGAUCAAAGCUUUACUAGAGAAGAUAAAGCCCCAUUUUCCUGGUGCUGUUAUUGCAUAUUUAGAUAUAUACGAUAAGAUCCUUGACAUCAUUAAAUCUCCUUCUAAGUAUGGUUUUGAAGAGGCCAGGAAAGGUUGUUGUGGGACAGGUCUGUUGGAGACAGCUAUAUUGUGCAACCCUAGCAGCAUAAGUUGUGCUGAGCCAUCCAAAUAUGUGUUCUGGGAUAGUUUUCAUCCAACAACUGAAUGUUAUCAAAUUAUUGCCAACAACUUAUUCCAACAGGCUCUGGUUGUUUUCAACUCACCAACCAGAAGAAACUAAUGCAAAGAUAAUGGAGUAGGGCCUGCACUACUUUACAAUAAAUUGGAAGCAACAAACAGUCCAAGUUGCUCGUCAUUGUUGAAGUUAUUCUACGUCUCUUUUAAAGUGUGCUUCCUUAAUCUACAGAGGAGGGGGUGGCAAAUAACAAAUUUUAGAUAUAUGUGGAAGUUUAUGAUUAUUGUUUUUAUUUAUCAUACAAUAAGUUUACUAUCAAGAUAUGUAAUAGACAUGGUGAAACAAAAUGUUUA